CGGUUCGAAAAUUUUCGCGGACAUUUUUCUCUUCAAAUCCGACGCGAAAAUAGCGGAAACGUUUGUGUUAACCAUGUUUUUAACGACAGAAUGAUAGGUUUAAAAUUUCCCCUUAAGAUGUCUCCGGGGACACGUCAACUGUCGGGAACAUGAUACCAUGCAAACUGCGCAAGCCCAAAUUCAACCGAGUAAAAUUCAAACAACCACGCCUUAACCCAACCCAAGCAAUAAUAUUCCCGUUCUAACAUGUCCAAAAAACUAAUUCUAAUAAUCGACUUGGACACCAUAAUGUCUUCUGCGUCGUCCGAGCUUCGCGUAAAUGAAUUUCCGUAAGCCGCUCCGUUCGAACGUUCCCGCUAUACCUUUCGAACCCACUAAAAUGUUAAAAUUUGCCGCCGUACUUCUUAAAAUAGUCCUGUUACAAUACAUGUUGUUUCUGGCCGGCGUCGAAGCGUACGAGCACAUCAAAUAUGACAGGGAUUUCGGUAAACCGGCUCAGGGAAAGAUUUAUUUCGCCAUCGCUAUCUCUGCCUCGGGCCACGGUUACAGUCGCGCGUUCAACAAAACUCUGACUAACAUUACUCAGAAUUACUUGACGGGAAACUCGAGAAAGUUCGCGUACAACAUCAGCCUGGAGACGUUGGUCCUCGAGUUGCCCGAAAAUGGCAGUUUUAGCGGUACGCUGUUGGAAAGGCUUUGCGCCAGUUUCGAAGGGAAACAUGUGGUUGCCGUGCUCGUGGUUGGAUCUUCUCCCGCCGCUUUCACCGUAAGCAUGGCCGCGAAGCAUGCUCGCAUACCGGUGCUUUGGGCCAGAGGACAGAGCGAGUUUCUUCCGGGAUUUAGAAGUUUGGAAAGCAGUCCUCUCGAGGUUCAUUUAGCACCAACCGGACGCGAACUAGUUCAGGCUCUUCGAGGGCUGUUGCUCCAAGCCCAUUGGCAUUCGUUCAUCAUACUAGCGGACUCAUCUUCCGCGACAGCUUUACGCAGCCCUGAACUUUGGUCCGUUUUAGAAACGACACCUCUACGUCCCACUUUGGUCGCUUUGCCGAAUCCGUUGAGAGCACAGGACCUGUUCAGGAAACUGGCAGACAUAUCUAGAUCGACCCGGGGCGUGGUGAUAUUGUGCAGCGAUAGCAGGAGCGCGAUCAGGAUCCUCGAUGACGCGAAACGCUUGAACAUGAUGGACGGCCACUUCGUCUGGAUAUGGAUCGACACUGCCGGUUCGAUUAAUAUCCGAAACGGGUCUGAGGAGGACAACAAAGAGUCGAUCGAACGCACGAAACGCGACUCAGAUCCGUCGGAAUUCCGUAACAGGGCGAAACGGGACGCGUACGACGACAUAAACGAUAUGCAUAUUCAUUAUUUUUUGAAAAACGAUCACUACCUUUUGUUGAAUCGUAAUAAUUAUGGCGUUGAAAGUUCUAAAUCGCACGAUCGCGGUCCAUCCGACGUCGUCGUCGGAAAAACGCGCGUUGUUGUGCUUAACGAUUAUUUCGGAGGUGAUGAUGUCAGUGGGAAAAAAUUGAGUGAGUUGCCUGCGGGGUUGCUGCGUUUGAAACCGCUGCCCGUGAAAGUCGAUAGGCAUUUGGUCAAAGGCGCGGUCAAGUUGCUCACCACCACGCUGAGGACGGUCAUGGACAGGUCUCCCGCCUGGUUGGUGCAGAACGUGGCCUGGAACAAGUUCGCUACCAGUUGCUGGGAGCAGGAGUUCGAAGGCGACUCUAGUUUCGCCACGGAUUUCGGCAGGGAGUUGAAGGCCACUUGUACAGAAGCUUUAUCGGGCAAAAAACUAACACAAGAAAUUGGCGUUGACAAAGUGGACAAAUCAUUAGUAGCAAAUUUCGAAAUACUCAACUUAGUUCCUGAGUUCAGCUUUAGUAACAGAUCUGAUACAGCAGAAGGUGCUCAUUCAAGUCCAAACGCGUUAAAGUGGAAACGAGUCGGAUUGGUGUCCGGCAGAACGGUGCGUUUGGACACGAUAAUUUGGCCCGGGGGAGAUUUGUCAGUGGCUGCCGUCUCGAUUAGAGCAAGGACGGUUUUUAGGGUAGUAACCGCGUUAGCUCCCCCGUUCGUCAUGGAAAGCGAAUUGGAUGAAGAUGGACAGUGCCUCAGGGGUCUUCCCUGUCAUAGAGUAUUAACUUCCGAUAAGGAUAAUUUAACACUAGUUUUUAACGAGAUGCAGAGGUUAGAGGACGAGGAGAAGGAAGAAGAUACCGUAGAAAAUAGAAAUUCGUAUUCGGAAUACGGCGGGUUGGGUGGGGAUUAUUCCGAUGACGACGAAAAAUUUUUUCCCUUCCAAAAAUUCAAACACCGGACGAAUUGUUGUUUCGGGUUGUCGAUGGAUUUAUUGGAGAAUAUAGCUCAGGAAUUAGAAUUCGACUUUAGGUUAUACAUCGUAGCUGACGGAAUGUUUGGUUCGAGGAUAUUGGCGAAAAAAGAGAACAGAGUCAAUCGAGAUGUUGGGAAAAAAUAUUUAAGUUCCAGGUUCAAAGACGAGAUCGGUCGCGGCAAGCACAUCAAGGAAGAUAAUUACGAGUACAACGCCAAAUGGAACGGCAUCGUUGGUGACUUGGUGACCGGUGCCGCUCACAUGUCUUUCGCUGCUUUAAGUGUUUCUAGCGCGAGGAGUGAAGUGAUCGAUUUUAGUUCUCCGUAUUUUUUUAGCGGGGUGUCUUUUUUAGCGGCGCCCCAACAAAGGUCCGAAAUACCGCUGAUGGCCUUCCUGUUGCCUUUUAGUAUGGAAUUGUGGAUUGCCAUUUUGACAAGUCUGAAUAUUACCGCAAUAGCCGUAGCAAUCUACGAAUGGUUGUCGCCGUUUGGCCUAAAUCCUUGGGGUAGACAGCGUUCGAAAAAUUUCAGCAUGAGUUCCGCCCUCUGGGUGAUGUGGGGCCUCCUGUGCGGCCACCUGGUAGCGUUUAAGGCGCCAAAGAGCUGGCCCAAUAAAUUCCUGAUCAACGUGUGGGGAGGGUUUUCCGUUAUUUUUGUCGCCAGUUACACAGCGAACAUUGCCGCCUUGAUUGCUGGCUUGUUUUUCCAUAAUACGGUCAGCAAUUAUCACGACAGGAGUUUGUUAAGUCAAAAAGUGGGGGCGCCACAAUCGUCGGCUGCUGAAUAUUACGUCCAAAAGGCCAACCAAAUGCUCUGGCAGCACAUGAGCAAGUAUUCGCUGGAAAACGUCGAAGACGGGGUGAAGAGAUUAAAAAAUGGGUCCCUAGACAUCCUUAUCGCAGAUACGCCUAUCCUCGACUAUUAUAGGGCCACAGACCACGGAUGUAAGUUGCAAAAAAUAGGGGACACGAUCAACGAGGAUACGUACGCAAUCGGCAUGACAAAGGGAUUCCCCCUAAAGGACAGCAUAUCGGCGGUGAUAGCGAAAUAUUCGUCGAACGGUUACAUGGAUAUAUUGCAAGAAAAGUGGUACGGAGGUCUGCCGUGUUUCAAAUUGGCGAAUGACAUCGCGCAACCGAGGCCCCUGGGGGUUGCCGCGGUCACGGGGGUUUUUAUUUUGCUCGGGGUCGGAAUCGCUAUGGGCUUGUUAAUUUUAUUGAUAGAGCAUUUGUUUUUUAGAUAUACGCUGCCCCUUUUGAGGGACAAACCUAAAGGGAGCAUUUGGCGCAGCAGGAAUAUUAUGUUUUUUAGUCAGAAACUUUAUCGCUUCAUCAACUGUGUCGAGCUGGUAUCGCCCCAUCACGCGGCCAGAGAAUUGGUUCACACUAUCAGACAAGGACAAAUCACCAGCCUUUUCCAAAAAAGCAUUAAAAGGAAGGAACACGAACAACGUCGAAGGAGGAAAAGCAAAGCGCAAUUUUUCGAAAUGAUACAAGAGAUCCGUAGGCAGCAGCAACAAGAGGAGAGUCAAACCCAAUUGGAAUCGGUCACUGAAGUGGAAUCCGAGUAUCAGUUAAGUCCGGAUGAAAAGAAAACCAAAUUAAGUCCGAGUAUUAUCCGCAGAACCUUUUUGCGUAGCAGCCCUAAGGGGGAUAACGAAAGCAAAAUCAAAUCUCCGACCACUUUAUUUAAUAAACAGAUAUUUAGCCCCAGGAGCAAAAAGGCAAAGAGCUCGACCGCUCUUAACGUGCGUAGGUUUAGUAGCGACAGUGUUUUCAACUCGACGACCCUGAGGUUGGAUCCGAGCGCUUCGAUAGGUCGAAGGUUGAGCAAGGACGCCUCCACAUUUCUAUCCAGUUCUCCGCCUGACAUUAACAGUAGAAGGUCGAGUUACCUCGAUAUAAUUAGUUCCAGUAGCAAAUUGUCAGGUAAAAGUCCGAUUUUAUCCAUCGAAAAUAUCUCCGAUUGCGGAUCAACGAGAUCGGCAGAACCACUUCGAAAACUUUCCGAUUCCGAGAGCAUAGGUAGAAAACUAGCCACUCUACCGAGGUACCAAGAAACCGUCGACAAGCACCGCCUGCAGCCGCAGUAUAGUCUGACGAUUGGAAAAAGCGACGAAACGUUGACAGCGACCGAUCAACCGGUGUCGUCGGCCAAAAGUUUCAACGGCAUCGAUAAGCUUGAUCACAAGAGUAAUCUAUCAGACGAUGAGAUCGCGCGUAGGAACAAGGAGACCAUCAAUCAGCUUCAGGUGCAAUUACAGGGAAGCAAGGGCAAAAAAUCGAACAGCGACAAUAAUAAAACCGUGUGCAAUACGAAUCCCCAGAUCAGGAUCGAGGUCGCGGAGGAAGAUGCCGACAAAGUGGAGACGAAGAGAAAAAAUCCCCCGCUGUCGAGAAAGCAUAAGACGAGGCAUCAAAGUUUGGGAGAGUCUACCCAAAAUUCUGGAAGUUCGGAUGCGCCUAGAAGAAAUAAGCUACAAGAACAGUCGAAGUCGCUAGAUAGCGGUUCGACGAAACCCGGCCGGCCUAGAUCGAGAUCUCGGCAUGCCGAGGAAGAUUUGCCUCCUGCUCCGCCCCCUCCAAAUUGCUCACCAAGAAAUUCGAACGGCAAGUCGCCCCUAGAACGUUUGUCCAAAGAAGAGCUCGUGCGAUUGUGGAGAAGUUCCGAAUCGGAACUCAGAAGUCAUCUGUUAAAAGCUAUAAGGGAUAAAGAGGAACCGUCGGAUCCGACUUGAGAAAUACCGGGCGACGUCUUUGAUGAAUUUGGAAAGUGAAAAAAUUUGGAAAGUUUCUUCCGCUCGUCGCGGUGAUUUUUGAGGGUCGUUCGGCAUCACGUUAUCAGACGACACAGUUUCAGAAUCAUCUGACCAUCCACUGUUUUAAAAAAAGUUAAAGGAAACCAAAAAUUUUAAAAAACGUAGAAUUUUAGUCUUUAAAUCGUUGUCGUCGAUAGAAAUGAACUUAUUGGUACCUACUUUAAAAAGGCCUUAGAUAGUAGAGUGAUAUUUUAAAAUUAAAAAAAAAACAUGACCACUGUGUGUUAUUAGGUAGCCUUUAUUCUUGGGGGGU